CAAAAGGGACUACCCAGGCUCUCCUGAGCCACCUGUUCCUCUCUAGGGGCAGAGAAGGGGCUGCUCCUGACGAAUCGAGUCUCAAGGGCCCAAUUUGGAUGGUUUGGAGCCCCCAACCCCAAGCCCUACAGAACCCCAGCGUCUCCAGGUCCUCCUGCCCCUUGCAGAGAGCUGUGGACCUGGCCCGGCCCCUCCACGUGCCCAGUGGACCCGCCCUCGCCCCAGCCGCGGGCGCCCCAGUCAGUCCCCAGCCUCCACGGGAGGGGCGCGGGCUUGCACUCAAAGCGCCCCCUACCGCUUCUUUCGAUCCUGGGAGGCGGCUCCAGCGCAGACCCCAGCGGGGAUGGGCCGGCCCCUCCGGAUGGGCCGGCGGGCGGAGCGGCGCAGAGGGCACCGCCCUCGGCCCGCCCGCCGAGGAGGGGACGCGAGCAGGAGGCUGAGCCUGCGGCGCCCGCCCGGGACCCGCCGCACUCUGCACUCGGCCGCUCGGGCUACGGGAACCGGACGGGUGCUUGCUCGGGUUCUGCGGGCUGUGAGCCGAGUCCAGGCCAGAGCCCGAGCAGCAGAGGAAAGCCAGAGGGCAGUACGCGGAGAUGGCGGCCACGGCGGCCGUGGCGGCCGAGGAAGGGAUGGAGCCGCGAGCGCUGCAGUAUGAGCAGACCCUGAUGUAUGGCCGGUAUACUCAGGAACUCGGGGCCUUUGCCAAAGAGGAAGCUGCUCGGAUUCGCCUGGGAGGCCCUGAGCCCUGGAAGGGGCCUCCUUCCCCUCGGGCUCCCCCAGAGCUCUUGGAAUAUGGACAGAGCCGUUGCGCCAAAUGCCGCAUCUGUUCCGUACGCUGCCACAAGUUCCUAGUAUCCAGGGUUGGCGAAGACUGGAUCUUCCUGGUCCUACUGGGGCUCCUCAUGGCACUGGUCAGCUGGGCCAUGGAUUAUGCCAUUGCUGUUUGUCUACAGGCCCAGCAGUGGAUGUCUCGGGGCUUAAACACCAGCAUCUUACUCCAGUACUUGGCCUGGGUCACCUACCCUGUCGUCCUCAUCACUUUCUCAGCUGGAUUCACACAGAUCCUGGCCCCUCAGGCUGUUGGGUCUGGCAUCCCCGAGAUGAAGACCAUCUUGCGGGGAGUGGUGCUGAAAGAAUACCUCACUCUCAAGACCUUUGUGGCUAAGGUCAUUGGGCUAACCUGUGCCCUGGGCAGUGGGAUGCCCCUUGGCAAAGAGGUAACUGCAGGCUGGAGAAUGGGUCCCUCCCAGUGGAGGAAGAGGCCAGGCCAAGGUCAGGGCAGGGCCCCUCCCCACUCAUCACAGGCCCCCACCCUGCAGGGCCCUUUUGUGCAUAUCGCAAGCAUGUGUGCUGCCCUUCUCAGCAAGUUCCUUUCCCUCUUUGGGGGUAUCUACGAGAAUGAAUCCCGGAACACCGAGAUGCUGGCUGCUGCCUGUGCUGUGGGCGUGGGCUGCUGCUUUGCAGCGCCUAUUGGAGGUGUCCUGUUCAGUAUCGAGGUCACCUCCACCUUCUUUGCUGUGCGAAACUACUGGCGGGGCUUUUUUGCUGCCACCUUCAGUGCCUUCAUCUUCCGGGUCUUGGCAGUCUGGAACCGUGAUGAAGAGACCAUUACUGCUCUCUUCAAAACCCGGUUCCGGCUCGACUUCCCCUUUGACCUGCAGGAGUUGCCAGCCUUUGCUGUCAUUGGCAUUGCUAGUGGCUUUGGGGGAGCCCUCUUUGUCUACCUGAACCGGAAGAUUGUCCAGGUGAUGCGGAAGCAGAAAACCAUCAAUCGCUUCCUCAUGAGGAAACGCCUGCUCUUCCCGGCUCUGGUGACCCUGCUCAUCUCUACUCUGACCUUCCCCCCUGGCUUUGGGCAGUUCAUGGCUGGACAGCUUUCACAGAAAGAGACACUGGUCACCUUGUUUGACAACCGGACAUGGGUCCGCCAGGGCCUGGUAGAGGAGCUAGAGCAACCCAGCACCUCACAGGCCUGGAGCCCACCACGUGCCAACGUCUUCCUCACCCUGGUCAUCUUCAUUCUCAUGAAGUUCUGGAUGUCUGCACUGGCCACAACCAUCCCAGUGCCCUGCGGGGCCUUCAUGCCUGUCUUUGUCAUCGGAGCAGCAUUUGGACGUCUGGUGGGUGAAAGCAUGGCUGCCUGGUUCCCAGAUGGGAUUCACACAGACAGCAGCACCUACAGGAUUGUACCUGGGGGCUAUGCAGUGGUUGGGGCAGCUGCACUGGCAGGAGCAGUGACACACACAGUAUCCACGGCCGUGAUUGUGUUCGAGCUCACAGGCCAGAUCGCCCACAUCCUGCCUGUCAUGAUUGCCGUCAUCCUGGCCAAUGCUGUUGCCCAGAGCCUGCAGCCCUCACUCUAUGACAGCAUCAUCAGGAUCAAGAAACUGCCCUACCUGCCUGAGCUGGGCUGGGGCCGCCACCAGCAGUACCGGGUGCGAGUGGAGGACAUCAUGGUGCGGGAUGUUCCCCAUGUGGCCCUCAGCUGUACCUUCCGGGACCUGCGGUUGGCACUGCACAGGACCAAGGGUCGCAUGUUGGCCCUAGUGGAGUCCCCUGAGUCUAUGAUCCUGCUGGGGUCCAUUGAGCGCUCCCAGGUGGUGGCGUUACUGGCAGCUCAACUGAGCCCCACCCGUCGGCGGCAGUACAUGCAGGAACGUAGAAAGGCCCAGACAUCUCCACCCUCUGAUCAGGAGAGUCCCCCUAGUCCAGGGACAUCUGUCCGCUUCCAGGUGAACACAGAAGACUCAGGCUUCCCUGCAUCCCGUGGGGAGACUCACAAGCCCCUGAAGCCUGCUCUCAAGAGGGGGCCCAGCAAUGCCAACAACCUCAGGGAGACUCCCACAGGCAAUGUGGAAUCAGCAGGCAUUGCCCUCAGGAGCCUCUUCUGUGGCAGCCCACCUCCAGAGGCCGCUUCAGAGUUGGAGAAGCCAGAAUCCUGUGACAAGCGCAAGCUGAAGCGGGUCCGAAUCUCCUUGGCGAGUGACUCGGACCUGGAAGGCGAGAUGAGCCCUGAGGAGAUUCUGGAGUGGGAAGAACAACAACUAGAUGAACCUGUCAACUUCAGUGACUGCAAAAUUGAUCCUGCCCCCUUCCAGCUGGUGGAGCGCACCUCUUUGCACAAGACUCAUACCAUCUUCUCACUACUGGGAGUGGACCAUGCUUAUGUCACCAGUAUUGGCAGACUCAUUGGAAUUGUUACCCUAAAGGAGCUCCGGAAGGCCAUCGAGGGCUCUGUCACAGCACAGGGCGUGAAAGUUCGGCCACCCCUCGCCAGCUUCCGAGACAGUGCCACCAGCAGCAGUGAUACAGAGACCACUGAGGUGCAUGCACUCUGGGGGCCCCGCUCCCGCCACGGCCUCCCCCGGGAAGGCAGCCCUUCUGACAGUGACGACAAGUGCCAGUGAACCCUUCCAUGGGUGGCCCAGGAUUGUGGUAGCCAUAAACCUUCUGCCUUGGGAAAGCAGGAGGAAGCUGCAGCCAAAAGCUGGAGCCCCAGCCCCCUGUCCAAACCUGGGAUACUAGCACCUCCCAGUUCAUCCUACCUGGAAUCUCACCCAGCACCCACCUGCAGGAAGACUUCCAAGUGCAGGAAGAUUGGCACCACCCUGGCAGGAUGGGGGUGGGGUCCCUUGAUCUCUGCUCCCCUUUGAAGGGAAAAAGGGUAGAACUAAGAUGGGUUUAUACUGGAACCUCCAAUGACCAGAUGUAUAUAGAGAUUUACAAAGAUUUUUAUAUUAAUUUAAUAAAACAAAUUCUUAAAUAGAACAAAAUAAACACCUAAUGAGCCACUUAUAU